CGCUUAGGUGCUGGUCGACUUAAGCACUUUCAAUACACGCUGCGAUAAACUUGAAAAAAAAAUAGAUAAUGAUGUUACUUCUUUGGAUAUCUCUUUAUUUUCUUCAUGUGGUGGAAGGACAAAUUGGUGUUACAACCUGUACGGAUACAAGUGACUGCGCGUCCCUAUCAAACUCGUUAUGUGACACGAUCGUUACCCAGACAUGCAUGUGCGUUUCUUCACAGGGAUACACGGCAAACGCUGCCAAUGACGGCUGUGAUUACGACUGUGGGUCACUAUCCAAUCCCGCCAACGGCCAGGUUUCUGCCCCGACUACAACAGAGGGAUCGACGGCAACUUAUAGUUGCAACAGUGGCUUCAUAUUGGUAGGUGGCAGUGCCCGCACGUGUGAAGCUUCUGGCUGGAGCGGUUCUGAACCAACUUGUCAGCAAGUAGACUGUGGGUCCCUAUCUAAUCCCGCCAACGGCCAGGUAUCUUCCCUGGCUACAACAGAGGGAUCGACGGCAACUUAUAGUUGCAACAGUGGCUUCAUGUUGGUAGGUGACAGUACCCGCACGUGUGAAGCUUCUGGCGUCUGGAACGGUUCUGAACCAACUUGUCAGCAAGUAGACUGUGGGUCCCUAUCUAACCCCGCCAACGGCCAGGUAUCUUUCCUGGCUACAACAGAGGGAUCGACGGCAACUUAUAGUUGCAACAGUGGCUUCAUGUUGGUAGGUGACAGUACCCGCACGUGUGAAGCUUCUGGCGUCUGGAACGGUUCUGAACCAACUUGUCAGCAAGUAGACUGUGGGUCCCUAUCUAAUCCCGCCAACGGCCAGGUAUCUUCCCUGGCUACAACAGAGGGAUCGACGGCAACUUAUAGUUGCAACAGUGGCUUCAUGUUGGUAGGUGACAGUACCCGCACGUGUGAAGCUUCUGGCGUCUGGAACGGUUCUGAACCAACUUGUCAGCAAGUAGACUGUGGGUCCCUAUCUAACCCCGCCAACGGCCAGGUAUCUUUCCUGGCUACAACAGAGGGAUCGACGGCAACUUAUAGUUGCAACAGUGGCUUCAUGUUGGUAGGUGACAGUACCCGCACGUGUGAAGCUUCUGGCGUCUGGAACGGUUCUGAACCAACUUGUCAGCAAGAAGACUGUGGGUCCCUAUCUAACCCCGCUAACGGCCAAGUCUCUGCUCCGGCAACAACAGAGGGGUCGACGGCAACUUAUAGUUGCAACAGUUGCUACACGUUGGUAGGUGACAGUACCCGCACGUGUGAAGCUUCUGGCUGGAGCGGUUCUGAACCAACUUGUCAGCAAGAUUCUAAGGCGGAUGCUCUGGUGAUUUCCACUUGGUUGGCUGUUGCUUCAACAAUUUUGGUCGUCGCCAUGUUCUAGUUUUCUUAAGAUAUACGAGGGGUGUCCGGGAAUUCGCGGAAUUGCAAUAGAUUGUCGUAAAAUGGGCUAUUCUGAAAAUGAAAUUCGGCAUAAUAAUAUUUUAUAUUCCGUUAUGCAAAUGAAUCACUAUCAAACGAUUACAUUGAACAAUUUAACCAUAAAUGGAAAUAAAAAAUACCAUCCAGUACACUCCGGCGCACGGAUGACAUUACAUAACGUAAACAACGUCAAAAUCUAGCGCCUUGUCAACAUAGGUGCCGUCCUUUGUCUGCCAAUACAUUUACGGUAAAUGUGUGCGUACCAUGCAAUGUCAAAUGUAGACACGAUCCUCUGUGUCAUCUGACGAAGGUCAACACUUGUAGCGAAGUGGUGUCCGCUCAACUGCCGCUUUAUCGCCGGAAACACACGGAUGUCCAAUGGGGCCAGAUCAGGGCUGGACGUAGGAUGUUUCAAAAUCUCGAACCCCAAAAGACUAAUUUCCAGCUGCGUGGACGCUGUUCUAUGCGCCGGGGCAUUUUCCUGUUGGAGAAUGCGGUUAAGAUCCACAUUCGGCCGUUUCUAGGAAUAGCGUGCACGAGAUCACUCCGCAGUAACUUGGAGUAAUUUUCGGCAUUAACGGUCCGACCUGGAACGCGGUGUUGCAAAAUAUACACUGUCGAUCCAUGAAGGAAAUAUACAUUUCUUUUCCAAUGUUUUUUUGCUCUCUAGCUUUCUUCGGCGGAGGUAUUUGGGAGUUUUCCAAACGAAGGACUGUACUUUGGUGUCAGGGUCGAAGUAAUAGAGCCACGUCUCGUCCGUUGUGAUUAUGCGACUUUCAUCUUCCUCCGUGUCGUAACGCUGAAAAAACACUGACGAACAGGCCACGCGUCGUUCCAUUUUCGCUUCUUUAAACAAACGAGCGCUUACUUUGGUCAUUCCUUGUCCUUUUGUUUGUAUCUCUUGUACAGUAGUCCGUUCAAGGUCUUCUGCUAUGCUUCUCAGUGUUGCUCGUCUGUCUUUGUUGAUCAGCUCAUGGACUCUCUCCACGUGUGCAGCUUAUACCACUGUCGGGCGUCCAGUCCUGUCGUCAUCCUCAAUCGACAGUCUUUCAUUCCGAAACUGCUCAUGCAAUUUGUAAACAAAUAUUUUCCCGCAAGCUGAUAGGCCAGCGUUAACGACUCUUUAAUAAGUUUCUGAGUGUCUUCUUGAGUCCAACACAGGAUUUCACCACACCGCGCAAUUCAACGCCACCCGUUGACGUCAUGGUAUUACAGUUUGUUGCGAACGAUGUUGCUAAACCACAAUUAAACCCUAACGGAAGAAACUACAACGUUGAAACGUACAAAUUUGACGUCAAGAUGUGCACCUAACAUGACGUCUUUUGGCAAGCAAUUUAGCAUUGAUGGAGUGAUAAACACCGUGACGCAUCGCACAGUUAAUGCGUGUGUAACAAAUCAUAUCCAUUUUCUUUUAAAAAUUCAAAUAACAAUAUGGCUCAGUUUCUCAUACAUACAAUUUUAGAGGAAUAGAAGAACAUAUUAGCAUUUUACAGUUUAUUUCCGCGAGCUUCCCGGACACCCUUCGUAAAAGUUAUCGAAUUGUUUUUAAAAAGUAUUCUGGAGAGAUAUAUGUCAGUCGCCUUAUAUGAUUAAACAGUUGUUUUUGAAAUUAAUAUUGUGUCUUAGAUGCUUUUUACAUGUAUUUCAAAUAACGAAGACCAUAAUGACAAUGCCCCUAUGUUGAGUGAUAUAAAAUUAUUAGUUUAUGUUUUAUUUUAUCGGAGUUCAAGUGUACAUCAUCAAAUAAUGAUGAAAUUACAUAACUAAU